UGACUAGCGGAUGUUACUGUUUGUCGCUAGUUCCGAUCGCAGUUCUUCAUAAGGUCUUACACAGCUGCAUGAUUUGGAGUGGAAUACUUUUAUUAGCAUCAAAUUAAUGUAUAUGAUUAAGUGGUGAAUGGAAAUAUGCAUCCAGAAAUAUGCUCGUACAAUAAUUACUUCUGGAUAUUGUUGAUGGAAAGCGUGUUGGUGUGAAAUUUAAUAACAAUAGUCUCUCACCGAUGAUCAUAAGUGUUACAUGACUUGUAAACUAAAAGAGCUCUUGGGAACAAUUUUCCUAAGGGUGCUUGUUUGUUUCUAAUUUGUAUUAUUUUCUUCCCCCACCCCUUAUUAAAUUUCUAUUCCUUCUUACCACUGUUGUUAACUUGACUUCCGUUCAAUCUCAUUUGAGCUCUACUCAACCCCAUCAAAUAGAUUACGUCACUCAACUUGCUUAUACGUGAUGUAUUUGUCGACUAAGUAUUGUGUUAGGUGUCUUCAGGAAAUUAGUGUAAAGCUGACGCUAAGAAUUACGUCGAUUACGAUGCAGAAAAAUUGCGUGCAUGCCUUUCUGCUAUUGAAAAAGGAUUUUGAGCUAUGUCAUUCUCCAACCGUUGUCUUUUAGCGUCUCGACAUUCCAGCAUAGUAACUAGUGGGCCUUCAGUGAUCAUUUAUUACAGCAACUCAAGUGCCAUAAUUGCAUACAUUCCAUAUCACUUUUUGAUAUUCAUUGAUGAACACUUGGUAGCUACGUAAGAUUGAAUCUCGAAGAACAGUGUGAUGGUUGUUGUAGGAAGUACUUUUUUUCUGUAUUCGAUCAAAGUGUGAGUUAUUUUCAUUGACUCCAAUACCAUCAGUAGCAAAUCCUACGUGUUUGUUCAAUAUUUUAAGUCGAUGCCUCGGCAUAUUUUAUUUUCUCACUAUCGUGUAAUGAAUUACUGACUAAUUUAAUUUCUAUUUUAGGUACUGAUCUUGGUUACUAAUUAAUAGUAUUUCCCUAACAUUCAGUUGUUGGGACAAAUAUCAAAUUCUGGUGAAUAUCAAUGACGCUUAGAGAAAUGGAUGCACCUUUUGUACUGUUCGUAAUUUCUGGAUAUCCAGUGUCUUUAUUUUCCGGUGUAUUCAUAUUCUUAUGGUGUACCUACCUUUGGGAAACAUAUUUAAGUAUUCGUCAGAGAAGAAAAAUUAUCAACUCGACAAAUGUUCCCAGUGAAUUAUCAAGUGUUAUGGAUAAUGAAAGUUUUCAAAAGUCACGUCUUUAUGCUAUUGAUCGAUCAAACUUCUCUCUAGUUAGUGGUGUAUAUCAUAUUCUUGAAUUGUCAGCAGUCUUAUACUUUUCAUUUCUACCAUGGUUGUGGUAUACUGUUGUAAAGCAUUCUACCAUUUUAAAUGCUUAUGUUGUUGAGAAAUUCGGUAUUAAUAUGGGUCUUGGAGUAGACAGUGAGAUUAAGUGUUCCAUCAUAUUCUUCUUGUAUACAGCUUUACUCAUAUUUGUAGAUUCAUUCCCAUGGACAACUUAUAGCACCUUUGUAAUUGAAGCACGUCAUGGUUUUAACAAACAGUCGUUUGGUUUCUUUAUCAAGGAUCAAAUUAAAUCGUUGUGCAUUUCAAUGCUUAUCUGUAUUCCAGUGCUGUCUUGUCUAAUAUGGAUUAUCAAAGCUGGUGGACGCUAUUUCCACAUAUUCGCCUUUGUAUUCACAGUAUUAGUUACUAUAUUCUUAAUGUUUGUGUAUCCAGAAUACAUUGCACCAUUGUUCGAUCAUUAUGAACCACUACCGGAUGGAUCUUUAAAGACGAAAAUAGAAGCGUUAGCAGCAUCUAUUAAAUUCCCAUUGAAAAAACUUCUAGUUGUUGAAGGCUCAAAACGUUCAGCGCAUAGUAAUGCCUAUUUCUAUGGAUUUGGUAAAAAUAAAAGAAUUGUUAUUUUUGAUACACUUAUUCGUGGUUUUAAAUUUCCCGGUAAAAGUGAAGAUACAACCACAAUUGCAGCAACUACACAGGAGGAGACUAAAAAAGAAUCUGACCAGCGUGGUUGUUCAGUUGAUGAAGAAAUCUUAUCAGUUAUUGCACAUGAACUAGGACAUUGGAAGUUGAAUCAUACAAUUUAUAAUCUUUUCAUUGGAAAAGCAAAUCUACUAAUGAUGUUUGUUAUAUUCAGUCUUUUAAUGGAUAUGAAUGUGUUAUUCACUUCUUUCGGUUUCAAAGAUAAUGAUACACCGAUUAUGCUAAGAUUAAUUAUUAUUUUCCAGUUUAUAUUCUCUCCGUAUAAUACAGUCAUGGAUUUUAUGAUGACAGUUUUAUCUAGAAAAUUUGAAUUUCAAGCAGAUGCUUUUGCUGUAAAAUUAGGUUAUGGACAACAUUUAAAAUCUGCUUUAAUUAUUCUUUUAAAAGAUAAUUUAUCCUUCCCUGUAUGUGAUUGGUUGUAUUCCAUGUUCAAUCAUUCACAUCCACCAUUACUUGAACGUCUCAGUGCAAUUGAUGCCUACAAAUCUGACUGAAAUAAAGGGGUAAAAAACAACAGAACAAAACAAAACAGUGUUCAAUCUCAAAGCCUGUUCAUUUUACUUCAAAUCCCCGGUGGGAAUUGUAUACGCUUUGGUCUGUGUUGUGUAUUUCCACAAAUUUUGUCCAUUGUAUAUCUCUGUGCAUAAGAUGUGUCUUUUUUUGUGCAUUAAAUAAACUACUCUUGAGGUUAUACUGAUUUGAAUGAAU